UCUAUCUAUCUAUCUAUCUAUCUGUCUGUCUGUCUGUCUGUCUGUCAGUCUGCUUGUCUGUCUUUUUUCUGUCUGAUAAUCUGUCUGUCUAUCGAUCUAUCUGUCUGUUAUACAUUCCCACCUUUAGUCUGUCUUUAUAUCUCCGCCUCUCCGUCAUAGAGCUAGCCGUAUAAUUUUCCUCCAACUCCCUAUCUUUCUCUCUGUUUAUUUGACUCCUCCCUCAUUUCCCCUCUUCUGUCUGUCUAUGUCUCUGUUUGUCUGUUUGUCUACCUAUAUAAUAUUAUAUCUUGAACCAAGUCAAAAUUACACUAGUAUAACAUUCAGUCUACGAACAAUUAUCGUCCUCAGGUAUGUAUCUAUGGUGUCUGACUGUCUGCAUGUGUGAACGUGUGAGAGUGGUUCUGCUAGAUAAGAUGAAUAGCUGUCAGGAGGAGAGAAGAUAAUAAUGCUGUUUGAGGCUGGUUGGCAUUGGCCGGAGCCGAAUCCUUUUAACAGAUCGUUCGUCCAUAGAGUUGGGGAAAGAAAAGGAAGACGAAAAACAGAUAUUGUUUCUACUUUGCUUUACCCAUCACCUCCUCAGUUAUGUUUCAUGGCUUAUUUUGUUUCCGGUUUCAAACACUUAUCACUUUCACGUUACAAGAACGCAGGGUGUUGUUGUGUACAUUUUUACGGUUGCCGUCAGCAAUACAACAGAACUUCUCCCCAACCUGGAAACUCAGGAGAAAAUCAACAUCAAGACAGUUUUGCUACCGUUUCUACAGGAGGCCGCCAAUUAUCGUUAGACAGCGGCUGCCUCACAGCACAAUAUCUAAUGUACCCACCUCGAUUUGUAAUACUGGUAGUGCUGAUUGCUAUGACAGCUUGCAGUAGUAUGGCCAUGCCAGUACAGGUUGUUGCAGCUUGGUCGACGACGAGAAAUUAUUCAACGUAUCGUAACAACAACACGUCCCGCAGCAUCUCGCAAACUUACACCCCAAUCGAAGCAUCAUCACUUUUGUCGCGUCACUUGAAAUCCAAUCGUUUUGUGUCCGUGUCAAAUUCAAAUUCACUUUGGUCAUCACUGCUAAAUAGAGACACAGUAAGAAGCUCUUCAUUUCACCACUGGCCAAUUGCUAAGGACGCUCUAUAUGGUAUCCAGGGGUUAGAUGAAGGAAAUAAUCACCAUAUUACUUACAGGGACAAAGAUUUAUCGGAGAAGGUAGACGAGACACACGUUCGUAAACGUCGAUCAUUGACACCAGAUAUAUCAAAAUCAAACAUGGAUGCACUCGAACGUUUAUCACGUGUGUUCGGUAUUCGGCGACUUCCGUCACCGGACAAAGUGUCACCGCACAUGAUCGCUCCUGAAUACAUGACUCAACUUUAUCAAAGCAUUACAGACAGCGGAGGCCUGACAAAGGCUAAUAGUCCUUACAAUGCGGAUAUUAUACGUAGCUUCCCAGACAGAGCUAUUUUGUUCAGUGUAAUCUCUUUUGGAGUGACUCCCCAGUAACGUGAAACCAUUUAUACGGAGGAAUAAUAAUG